CGAUUGAAUAGUUCUGUAAUGAAUCACUUCCAACCCGAAAAAUAAAUGGCUACAAAUUGUGCUAAUUAAUUGCCAAAUUCUCAGUCGCGCAUUGUAAGCGUUAGUCCCAUCCGAUGCCAAUCAAACAAUAUACACCUCACCCGUCAUUGCGUAGUUUCCCAGUCUUUGCGAGAAAGACCUACUGUAUCUAUUUUGUACUGUACGGUGGGUGCACGCUCGCAUCCGGUAAUGUUGCUGGCAACAGCAUCUCAGAGACCAUGCUCCUAUGGCUGAGCUGCGCAGUGCUUGUUGUGCUCCUCUGCCUUCAUCGGGCUUCGUGCUUCCGAUCUUGCUUCACUCUUUUACCUGGACCCAACUUCCGCCAAUACCUUCCCAAUGGCACUGUCUUUCCGCUGUACCGGGAUCCAAGUAAAAUGUUGCGGGUCAUCGUCGCUUUGUCGAAAACAUACGGCAAUGUUUUCCAACUCUGGUUGGGCCCAUUGGACACCGUCAUAACCUCUGUACCGACUGACGUCGCCCAAAUUCUAUCUGCUACUCAUCUUUUUGAGAGGCCAAGGGCUAUGCAGCGCAUGUUUGAGGCUGUUGUCCCCGGCAGUCUCGUCUGCACACCUCGGCACCUCCACGCGGUGGCACGUAGGCAUCUCAGAAAUAAUUUCAACUUCACUUUGUUGGAGGGAUUUCACCUGCACAUGACCGAUGCGGCUGUGGAAUUAUGUCAAGUUCUCAGCGAUAUUGAGGAGAGAACACCGCCGGGCAUUUUGUCUGCGCCUUUCAAUAUCUCCGAGCAGCUCUCUAUUGCUGCAUUCAGAGUCAUUCUAAACGUCGCCUUUGGUUGCAAUCUUGAUAGAGAGCAGCGCUUACAUUUUGCGAAGUGCACCGAUCGCCUUGUAGAUGAGAUGAUGCUUGACUUUGUUGGCCACCCGCUGCGGCAAUGGCUUUCGAAUUUUGGGUCUAGAAGUCGUUUGUUCAAUGCAAGUCAAAAAGUGAACGAGUUUUGUCAAACCUUCAUUCUUGAAAGACUUGGAGAGACUGAAGAACAGAGCCGUCGUCGCCCGCAGGACCUGUUAGACGCAAUAAUAGAUCUAGAAAGAGCAGACGUCGAUAAGGUGACCUCUCAAGUCGUAGUUUUCGCGGUAGCAGGAGCCCAUACUACCUCAGAAACACUCGCAUGGAGCAUCUAUGAAACAUGCUGCAAUCCUAGUGUUGCUCACUACAUCCACGACGAAUUGCAGCGUCUAUUGCCACAGAAAUCAAUCCAUGAAAAUUUGAGUCACGAUGAAGUCAGCAAACUGAAGUACUUAAGAAAUGUCUGGAAGGAAACUUUACGAAAACAUCCGCCUGGCCCCAUGUUUGCAAGAAGAGCGGUUAAAGAUGUCCAUUUGUCCGGGAGUGGUACGUUUGUACCGAAGGGAAAAACAGUUGUGGCUCUGUCACAAGGAUCUCAUAUGGAUCGUAAUGUGUGGAACAAACCGCAGUUGUUUUCACCAGAACGGUGGGGAGAGCCGAACCGGGAGGGAGAGAAAAACUCAUCUGGGGCCUACGUUCCGUUUAGUGUUGGAGGCAGAGCAUGCCCCGGCCGCUUUCUGGCUGAUCACGAAGGUGUUUUAAUUCUUGCAGAGAUGCAUCGGCGAUUUGAGUUCAGACUGGCGUGUGACGCAGAUUCAGUCGCAUCAUGCAGUGGCUGGGCAGAAUUUUCGCGUGCUGCUGCGAAGGGCCAGCGGUAUGAAGCCGGUCUUCCGAUUUCUUUAGUGCGAAGGUAG